UACAAUAACCUAAAUACCCUAUCUGUCAAUAGUUUUAGUUUUAAAAUCAAAUUAAAUAAGGGUUGAAAUUAAAAAUUCGAGAAGCUACAAAGCAUGUAUCAUUUAGCACCUCGGUUUCAAAAACAUAAUCUUUCAGGAACACCAGAGCACGUUGGCCCUGACACCUACACAAUAUGCUUCAGUACCUGUAAGCGACAGAAAAACAGAGCCCCUUUUCUCAGCUGUGAGGGUCGCAAGUUUUCCAUCGCUCGACCUGUUUAUACGCACGCUCUUUAUUCAUAUGAUACUCGAAAUCGAAUAAUUGGAGGCGCAUCUAUAAACUACACAGCAGAAAGGAAAACGAUAGUUAAAACUCGAGCUCCAGGUCCCGGAGAUUAUGAACCUAAAAUAAACGUUUGCCGAGCAGUCCGCGAAAUAAAAGGAAAAGGAAGAGUGUAUUUAUGCAGGGUACCGUACAGUCAUGAAAUAGGUACACCCUCAAUACCCACACGUAUUAACGAAAAUGGUUACAACAUAAUUAAUGGAAGACUUGACAGAAUUCCUCCGGAUGAUUACGAUGAAACGAUCGGUCCUGCUUUUUAUUGUGUUCCAUCAGUACGUAUUGCCACAAUUUCCCAUUUUUUUGAUCAGAUGGCAAAAAUUGAAGAGCUAUCUAAAGGGUAGACAGAUCUUGAAACAAAUGAAAUAAAAAAAAGUA